AUGAUUCCUCGGCUCUCUGGGGCGCCCACGUAUGCAUGUAGUCGACAGCGGAUAGACCACUCAAGCGUAGCAUCGCAUUGCAGCACCUCGCUCUGCGUUGCCCCACGCAGCAUCGAGUUGCCCGGACGAACCCCGCAUUCCGCAGGCGUACUGGUGCAGCACUUCCACUUCUGGUAUCGAACGCCAUUAUCAGCACCUCCCGAAGUAGAGCACUCCAGCACCAUAUUAUAUAUCCAAGACAUCUACUAA